AUGGCUAGAGUAUCUGUGUCCGAUGAAGAAAUGCUGGAGCUCAGAGAAGCUUUUGCCAAAGUUGACACUGAUGGCAAUGGCUACAUCAGCUGCAAUGAGUUGAAUGACUUGUUCAAGGCUGCUUGCUUGCCUCUGCCCGGGUACAGAGUGAGAGAAAUAACAGAAAACCUGAUGGCAACAGGUGAUCUGGACCAGGAUGGGAGAAUCAGCUUUGAUGAGUUUAUCAAGGUUUUUCAUGGCCUAAAAAGCACAGAAGUUGCAAAGACAUUUAGAAAAGCAAUUAAUAAGAAGGAAGGGAUUUGUGCUAUUGGAGGCACCUCUGAACAGUCUAGUGUUGGCACCCAGCACUCAUACUCAGAGGAAGAGAAGUAUGCCUUUGUCAACUGGAUUAACAAAGCCCUGGAAAAUGACCUUGAUUGUCAGCAUGUCAUCCCAAUGAAUCCAAAUACAGAUGAUCUCUUCAAUGCUGUUGGUGAUGGCAUUGUGCUUUGUAAAAUGAUCAACUUGUCAGUGCCAGAUACAAUUGAUGAAAGAACAAUCAACAAGAAGAAACUCACCCCAUUCACCAUACAGGAAAAUCUGAACCUAGCUCUGAACUCUGCCUCAGCCAUUGGAUGCCACGUGGUUAACAUUGGGGGCCUGAAGACUUAAAAGAAGGCAAGGCCUUACCUGGUGCUGGGACUUCUAUGGCAAGUCAUCAAGAUUGGGUUGUUUGCUGACAUUGAAAUCAGCAGAAAUGAAGCCUUGGCUAUUCUCUUUGAUUGCACUUUGAGAGAAGGUGAAAGCUUGGAAGAUUUGAUGAAGCUCUCACCUGAGGAUCUCCUGCUAAGAUGGGCUAAUUAUCACCUGGAAAAUUGCAGGAUGCAACAAACUCAACAACUCAGUUCUGAUAUCAAGGACUCAAAGGCUUAUUACCACCUGCUUGAGCAGGUGGCUCCAAAAGGUGAUGAAGAAGGCAUUCCUGCUGUUGUCAUUGACAUGUCAGGACUGAGGGAGAAGGAUGACAUCCAGAGGGCAGAAUGUAUGCUGCAGCAAGCAGAGAGGCUGGGCUGCCGGCAGUUUGUCACAGCCACAGAUGUUGUCCGUGGGAAUCCCAAGUUGAACUUGGCUUUCAUUGCCAACCUCUUUAACAAAUAUCCUGCCCUGCACAAACCAGAGAACCAAGACAUCGACUGGGGAGCUAUCGAAGGUGAGACAAGAGAAGAGCGGACAUUUAGGAACUGGAUGAAUUCCUUGGGAGUUAAUCCUCGGGUCAAUCAUUUGUACAGUGAUUUAUCUGAUGCCUCGAUCAUCUUCCAGCUCUAUGAGAAGAUUAAAGUCCCAGUUGAUUGGAACAGAGUAAACAAACCACCCUACCCCAAACUGGGGGGCAAUAUGAAGAAGCUUGAGAAUUGUAACUAUGCAGUUGAGUUGGGAAAGAAUCAAGCUAAGUUUUCCCUGGUUGGAAUUGGUGGACAAGAUCUCAAUGAAGGAAACCACACUCUAACCUUGGCCUUGCUUUGGCAGUUAAUGAGAAGGUACACACUGAAUAUGCUUGAAGACAUCGGAUCUGGGCAGAAGGUCAAUGAUGACAUUAUUGUCAAUUGGGUAAAUGAAACAUUGAAGGAAGCAGGGAAAAGUUCUUCCAUCUCAAGUUUCAAGGAUCCAAAGAUUAAUACAAGUAUGCCAGUCCUGGAUCUUAUUGAUGCCAUUCAACCUGGUUCCAUCAACUAUGAUCUUCUGAAGACAGAAAGCUUGAAUGAUGAUGAGAAGCUCAACAAUGCAAAGUAUGCUAUCUCUAUGGCCCGAAAAAUUGGAGCAAGAGUGUAUGCCCUGCCAGAAGACCUGGUUGAAGUAAACCCCAAGAUGGUGAUGACAGUAUUUGCUUGCCUCAUGGGGAAAGGAAUGAAGAGAGUGUAAAGCCCAGUGGUGUGGCACAGUAGGCAGCUUCUUAGAAGAGGAAUUGAACUGGAAACCUGGCAAUGAUUCAAACCAUUCCAUAGUGUUCAACUUGAUGGCAUUAUGCAAGACUCCAAAAAUUGGGUCCAGCCAAGUCAUUCCUCUUGUAUUUAACAUAAAAAGUGCUUUAUCCUCUGCAAAAAGUCC